GUCGUAGUAGGAAAGAUUCUGGGCGCGUCGAGAGGCGUGGCUUGUAGUCCUCCGAGGAAAGCACGCGGAGGACGAGGUUCUGCGAGGAGAGAGGUUGAGAGUAGUCUGGGAAGUGUAGUCCAGCUGGCCUGGCAGAAGAGUCGUAGUGGGCGCCGAGGUUCUGGGAAGGGGCUGAGCAGCCUUGAAAAGAGACUGUGACUGUGCCUUUUAACUCUGUAGCUGGAGCACAAGAAGUGUUUGUUUAAUGAAUGACAUAUCCAUUUAGGACCUACUUAGAUCCUUAGGACAACUCUGUGAAUUGCAGCUAAUAGUUCACUGGGUCUGGCCUUUGAUGUUGAUUUCAACAUGCUGCGACGAAAACCAACCCGCCUGGAGCUGAAGCUUGAUGACAUUGAGGAGUUUGAGAGCAUUCGAAAGGACCUGGAGAACCGUAAGAAACAAAAGGAGGAUGUGGAAGUUGUCGGAGGCAGUGAUGGAGAAGGCACCAUUGGGCUCAGCAGUGACCCCAAGAGCCGGGAACAAAUGAUUAAUGAUCGAAUUGGUUAUAAACCCCAACCCAAGCCCAACAAUCGUUCAUCUCAAUUUGGAAGCUUUGAAUUUUAGAGGUGGAUUAUCUUGUGUGCCAGAGCCCUGGAAUGGAGUAAAAUGAUGGCAGAAGUACAAACAAGAUUUGGAGAAUCGAGUGCUUGUAGUCAAGCAGACUGUUUGACCUCCUGCAGAGAGAAAUAGUUCUGCAUGAGAUUAUCAAUGCUUAAUUUGCACUCUAAGCUGAAAUCCAAACUCGUUUGUCUCUGGAAAAUUUGACUCUGUAAAACUUGUCUGAUUUUUGUUUUUAAAAAUAAAUAUAUUUUUAGAAAAGUGUGGACAUCCUUA